GAGCUGUGUGUGUGUGUGUGUAUAUAUAUGUGUGUGUGUGUGUGUGAACGACGCUGCGUGGGGGUGUUCGCCUGAUGUCAUUUGGCAGAAAGGGAGGCUGAGCUAACGGUGGGCAUACGGCUGGAAAGCAUAACAAUAACGUUACCGUCUCACCGUCCACACUGGGACCCGUACCGUCCCUUUUGGAUUGAGAUACGCAGCGUGAAAAACAGACUCCUAUCCCCUCACCGUGGUGCGAAGAAGAGGAAAAAGAAGAGAAGAAGGAGGAGGUGAAGCUGGCUGGCUAACGGACUGAAAAGUACCAGAUGCUAUUCCAGCGGAGAAGCAGGACGAAUAAGCGAGAGACGGUGAUGGGUUCUCGUUUUCCUGACGGGUAACGUUAGACCUUCGCUUAAAAAACACGGAUACCGUGAAGUGAGGGGGACUUGCUUUGCUUCUUCUGCACCUUCGUUUGUGUGACAUUGUGUCUGAAAUGCUAGCGCAGUCGCGGUCUCGGCCGUCGAGCAGCUUCUGGGCCGCAGCUCGGCACACCGAGCCCGAAUCUGGGAAGUAGCUAAGCUAGCUCUCUGCUAGCCGCAGCUGUACCCGAUGCUGCUGCUGCUGCGGCGGCUGCUGCUGCUAAACAGAUCCGAAAGACAACACAAGCGGUUCAGAGACUCGGCGCUGAACGAGAUAUUGUUUAACCUUACUGGACUACAACGGGCGUUUGAGAUGUGAUGCUUUUGUGCGUCGUAUUUGAGCCUAUUGUAGCUGGAGGCUCUCGCUUGCUUGAGGAGAAGGAGCUAACGUUGCUGCAAAAUGCACAGCGGAACCACAACAGCGGGCUCCUGCUGAAGGGGGCGAGGUUAGACUGAUAACAGCCCACCCUGUGUCUCUCAACACUCGGGGUCACAUUUGGACAACGACCGCCACAUUUCCCCCCGUUCCCUCGGUCAUUCAUCGCUUCAUCAGCUGGCGAUAUGGAUAAACUAACGAUCAUUUCAGGGUGCCUGUUCCUGGCAGCAGAUAUCUUUGCAAUAGCCAGCAUUGCAAACCCAGACUGGAUCAACACUGGUGAAUCAGCAGGUGCCCUUACAGUUGGUCUAGUCCGGCAAUGUCAGACCAUCCACGGGCGAGACAGGACCUGUAUCCCACCACGGCUGCCCCCAGAGUGGGUCACCACGCUUUUCUUCAUCAUCAUGGGCAUCAUCUCCCUCACAGUCACCUGUGGACUGCUGGUGGCAUCGCACUGGCGCCGAGAAGCCACCAAAUACGCCCGCUGGAUUGCCUUCACUGGCAUGAUCUUGUUCUGCAUGGCGGCGCUCAUCUUCCCCAUAGGCUUCUAUAUCAACGAGGUGGGAGGCCAGCCGUACAAGCUGCCCAACAACACGGUGGUCGGCUCCUCGUACGUGCUGUUCGUCCUCUCCAUCUUCUUCACCAUAGUGGGACUGCUGUUUGCAGGCAAAGUUUGCCUCCCGGGCUGAGGACUCGCCCGUGCCCGCCUCUGGACUGACACAAGAGGCUCUGAAAAUUUUAUGGGAUAAACAAAAACACACAAUGACUGAAAAAUCAAAAACCAACAAACUCUGGCCAGAAGCCUGAAACAGGGAAGUCUCUGCUUAUGUGUCAAGGGACCGCAGCACCAUGGAGUACCUAACUACUAAAAGAUGAAAACGAAUAAAUGAACAAAACACUAAACGGGGGGGACAUGGGCACAAAGGGGUGGAGGAGUGUGAGAGAGGGCAGCUGAGGCUGUCGCAGCACCCUGCCACUGUUGAUUUAAAAUAUGGCCGUCUCUCUGUUGUUGCUCUGUCGGAAAGGGUGCUUAAUGUGCUGUUGUCAUGGCAACCGCAGCCACAAUGCUGGCGCACAUUUCUUGAGGACCACUACACCCACUCCUCGACUUGACUCCCGCCUGCCCGCCCCGCCGCCCUUAGCACACAUCUGCACCAUCACGACCGCUCCUGUUGCUAUUUUUGGCUUCUCUUACCUAUUUCAGUUGUGUGUUUUUCUGUUGUUGUACAUUUUGUGUUCUUUUUUUUCUCUUUUCCACCCCCCCCCCCCAGCCUUUCCACUGAAGUAGUUUGAGUGUAAUUGAGGUUCACUGAAGUAAACCCUUGAGGGAUAUUGGGGGUGAGGGUCAGAGGGGGGUUCUGCCAGCUUGGCUUUAGAGCAGGGUUUAUUCUCGCCUGUCACAUCACACGGCCCCAGGUGUGUGGUUGAGGGAGAGCAGCUGUGAUCCCAGCUGUCUGGGCCAACAUGUGGGCUGCUGUGGACGAGAGGAUGGUGCAGGUGUGCCGCCUCUUUGUCUCCAACCUGCUCCAGCUCAGGAGCAGGUAGCAGCGGGGGAGGGAGGAGGGAGGAGGGAGGGGGGUGACCUCUGUGGGGCAACAGAACGGGAGGUCAGUUACCAUAAAGGAGAAUGCCACUCAAUGUAAGACCUUGCAUAAUGUUAUUUAUAUGGACAGCAAUAAAGUAUCAAUGGAUGUAGACAGCUGUGUUGCUAAGCUAAAACCAUGACAUUGAUGCACAUCUUUUGCCAAUAACUAUAUAAAGACUGUGAAUUUAGAGAAUAAUCAUCUGAACAUAAACACACCUCUUGUAUUUGUAGUGAUAACCUUAAUCCUGUUAAGUACAGCCACAAGCACAGUGACCUUCAAAGUAUUUUUCAAAGAUGUAUAUCACUGUGGUAUUACGUUUUUGAAGGGUUAAGAUGAACUCAUUCAGUAUAUCGCUUAUUACAGCCGACAGUAUUGACUCUUAUAAAUAGAAGAUGAAUCAAUACAGUGUAAAAAUAACAUAUGUGAAUGCUGAAAAAUUGAUGGUAUUCUCCUUUAAUGUUGGACAGGAAAGAAGCGAGCCAGGAGCAUUUUUUUGUCUUGUUUUGUACAACAGUGAAGGCACUGGGACUGCAGGUCAGGUCCAUGCAUGGGGCUGUGCCUCAGUGUGCUGCUCUCGAUGCCUGUGAAGGUAACACACACACACACACACACAUUUAAACAGGUAACCACUACACUGUGUGUACAGUGUAGAUCCACACAUUAGGACUGCAGCUGACUGAGUUUCUUUAUCAUUUAGUCUGCAGAUAAUUUUCUUGGGUAAUUGUUUAAUAGUUAAAAUGCCUGUUAAAAUUUCCCACAGCCCAAGCUGAUCUUUGCACAUAGGUUGUUGUAUCUGACCAAGAGUACAAAAAUCCUCAAAUCCUCACAAUUGAGAAGCUGGAACCAGAAAUUGAUUAAUUAUUUUGCUUAAAAACUGUCUAAAAUUAUCAAUGAAUUAUCACAAUUGUUCCAAAUGUGUUUAUGUUCUAGAUUAAUCGCUCUAUUGUACGUUUUUAGAGCCCGAGGUAAUGUCUUUAAAUUCCGUUUCUUCCAGUUUCUAACUUUCUAAGACCAGUUUCUAACUUUUACAACACACCUUUAAAAAACAAAUCUUUUCACAAAUUUACUCAAAUUUACAUAUUAUAACAGCCAUCAUUUUAGAGUACUGUCAGGUAAAAAUAUGUUUAUACCAGAGCUUUUCAAAGUCUCUGUUGGAUGUAAACAGGAAGUAUAAUGCUGCCAUGUUUACAUUGUUGCGCCAUGAUGAGUUUGCUGAUUCAGCUAUUAUAAGUCCAUGUUUGCAUUGUACCCAUGGAUGUACAGACAACUAUCACUGGAUUACUUUGAUACUGAACACCCCACACAUAACAUCUGCAGUUGAAUUCUGUAUUCAUUCAGCCUCAUUUUUCCAACUCAUUAUUCAGAACACAGAGCACUCAAAUCUCCUCCAUCUCUGAAAUUAGUUUAUCCAUAAAUAUUCAAAAUCAGUUGACCUUAACCCAGCCAUCCCUCAGCCAAGUCAGCCUCUGUUGUCACAAGUAGAGCUGCAACUUUUUACUAUCAUUUAAUCUGCUGCUUAUUUUUAUUUUAUUAUUAAUAAUAAAGCAAUUAAUUGUUUUGUCUAUAAAAUAGUGAAAAAUGCUUGUUAUAACUUCCAGUAGCCCAAUUUAAUAUGUUAAGAUAUUUUACUUUGUUCAACCAUGAGAAACCCAAAAAUACUCAGUUUAUUAUCAUGUACAACAUGACAUGCAGACAUGCAUCAAAUUCUCACUUUAAAGAAGAAUUUUUGCUUUAAAAACGACUAAAACAAUUAUUCAGUUCUCUAAAUAGAGCACUGAUCAAUUUUCUGCCCAUUGAUUAAUCAGUUAACUGCUCCAGUCACAGACCAGGUCAUAACCCAAACAUUUACAAUUUUAGUAUCAUGUAAGAGACAGAGAAAAGCAACAAGUCAGUCAGUGUAAAUUGACACUUCCGCUUUAAAAAAUUAAUUAUCAAAAUAGUUGACAAAUCUUACUUUGAUUGACUAAUUGUUUCAGCUCACCCACAUAUACAAACAGUAAAUCUCACAUCUAGGCUCAUAGUAUACAUGUUUACACUCUCCUGAAAAGUGUGUGCGUCUGUGUGUGUUGAAUCAGUCACAGUGCUCAGUCGCUAAGUCUUAGGCUUUUGUUUUUGUAUUUCUGUUUCCUGCUCAGCUUUUCUUAACUCUCGGUCUGAUGAUGAUGUAUACUGCUAAACUAUACACUCUGCAGUGCCCUGUCUUGGGUGGUUCAGUAUUGUGCCAUGACCUGUUUUUGUUUAAUAAUGUACAGACACAAAAGGCAGGAUUUCUGUAUUAGGAAGCACUGUGCAUUCAACAGUAUAGGUAACAGAAAUAGAAGCACCACAAAUGUAUAAAAAAAAGAGAACUUCUUACCUCAUUGUUUUUGUUUCUGCUAUUAUUUUCUAAUGGUGGCAAUGUGUGCCCUCUAAUUUGUCUCUUGCCUUGAUCGGAUGUCUACACAUAAAGCCUAUGAUCAUAGGAAAUUAUUUAUCACUGAAUAAAAAGAGAAAAAAUGGGUGUGCGUGACUCUGA